AUGCACAAUCUUGUGCCGCUCGUGGUGGUGGUGUGCGACGCGCGGCGUGAGGCAGAGCCCUCGUGCAACAACCCGGGGCUCGUGCAAGGGCAGCCUCGUGCAACACAUGACCUCACGCAGCGUCAUCCCCCGUGCAAUGCCCAGCCCCGUGCUACACCCGGCCUCGUGCUACACCCGGCCUCGUGCGACACACCACCUUCAAGAAGGACGUGCAAGAGACGCCGAUGGGAGGGGGCCGGGCGACGGUGGCCUCGUGCGACAACGGCCUCGUGCAACACGGUGCCUUGUGCGACGGCUGCGCGGCUGCACCAUCCACACCCCCCACACCCCAACCCCGCUCUGGAGCACCACGAGGAGGACGUGCAAGAGAGACAGACACGAUGGCCUCGUGCCACAGCCCUCGUGCAACGGGAGGGGCCUCGUGCGACAGACUCGAUGCGCCGGGGGGCCUCGUGCGCCCACGGGGGGGCUUCGUGCUGGGGACUCGUGCGAUGGACUCAUGCAACACGGGGCCUCGUGCACCACGGGGCCUCGUGCGAUGGCCUCGUGCACUACAGGGGCCUCGUGCAAGGGACUGGUGUGACCGACUCACGCAACAUGGGGCCUCGUGCACCACAGGGGCCUCGUCUGGGGUCCCCCACGGCGCUGGCCGACCCCGAGACGGAGCGGCGGCUGCGGGGGGCGGCGCAGAGGGGGGGGCACACGCUCUACGUCCCCCGCGGGGCCCUGUGGGGCUGCGAGGACAUUCGGCGCAUGGACCAGGCGGGGACGCUGGCCUCUCUGAAGGUGACGAUGACGAAGGCCCCCCAGAGCUUCCGCCUGGAGGGGUGGCUCCAGGAGCGGCUGGUGGCCGCGGUGGCCAGUGGUGGCCGCGUUGUCCUCUACGAGGGUCCCCUUCGUCCCCUCUGUCCCCUGGCCCCCAACAAUGUCAACACCAUGGCCGCCGCCGCGGUGGCCGCCCCCUCCCUGGGCUUCGACGGUGUCCAGGCCUGCUUGGUGGCCGACCCCAGUGUCCCCGACUGGCACAUCGUGGAGGUGGAGGUGACCAGCAAGGAGGAGGAUGGUCGGGCUUUGAAGGUCACCAGCACCCGGCGCAACCCGGCCCCCCGGGGGGCUGUCACCGGCCGGGCCACCCGCCACACCUUCUGGAGCAGCCUGAGGGCCCCAGGCAGCCGGGUUCCCCCCGAAACGGGGGCCACGUCGGGGUGUCCCCCCCCCUCGGGGCUGUACCACGAGCGGCAGCGGCUGGAGCUCUGCGCCCUCCACGCUCUCAACAACCUCCUCCAGCGGCCCUGCUUCACCCGCCAGGCAGCCAAUGACAUCUGCAAAAGGUUGGCCCCCGACGCUCGCCUCAACCCCCACCGCAGCCUCCUGGGCACCGGCAACUACGACGUCAACGUCAUCAUGGCCGCGCUGCAGGGGCUGGGGCUGGCGGCCGUCUGGUGGGACAAGCGACGGUCCUUGGAGAGGCUGGCGCUGGGGGAGAUCUUGGGUUUCAUCCUCAACGUCCCCUCCAACAUCUCCCUGGGGUUCCUGGAGCUCCCUUUCCACCGCCAGCACUGGCUCGCCGUCCGCCAGCUCCACGGCACCUACUUCAACCUGGACUCCAAACUCCCAGCCCCGGUGGCCAUCGGGGGGGAGGAGGAGCUCAGGACCUUCCUGCGGGAUGUCCUCUCCCGGGGGCUGUGCGAGGUUUUCCUGGUGGUCCCACGGGCCGUGGAGGAGAGCGGCGCGUGGCUGAGCCCCGAGUGACGCCGGACGAGGGGGUGACACCCGGGGGUGACACCACCCAGGGGUGACCCCCCACCCCACCCACCGCCUUCCUCUUUGGGACAAAACUCCACCGCUUUGGGACUUUUAUCCUGGCGCCGCUGCCUCCUCCAGGGCUGGUUUUUGGGGAAGCGCCCCGAUUUCGCCCCAAUUUCGCCCCGAUUUCACCCCAAUUUCCCCUCUGUCACCGGUUUUCCCUCUGGGGGUGCACGAUGUGGGGGGGUGGGGGGGGGGCAC